UUUUAGUCAGAACAAUAACAAACCUAAAAUUAAUAAUAGAAAAAAUCAGAAAACCCUAAUCAGUGCCUCCGUCCUCGAUUCGCCGACAUCUCUCCGUCCGGCGACUGCUACUCCACAUUGCGGGCCGCCCCGAACCACUGCUUAUAUGUUGGCCCAGGCCACGGCGAGCCGCUGCUGCUCUGUACCCUGCUGUUGCUCCGCUGCGAGAAUCUCUAUUCCCGGGCCCUCACACCCCUCGUAAAACCUGAGUUGUACUUUACCCCAUCGAAUUGCCGGCGCGAUCCGGGAACAGAAUCGGAGACCGAUGCCUCUCUACGACUGUGUGCUGCUGCUGAAGCCCCAUGUCAAGAAGGACGCUAUGAUGGAGUUGGUGGCUCGGGUCGGGAAGCAUGUUUUCCGGAGAAAUGGGGUCCUCACCGAAAUCAAAUCCUUUGGGACUGUUCAGCUCGGCUAUGGCAUCAAGAAGCUCGACGGAAGGUACUUCAAGGGCCAGUUGAUGCAGAUGACGAUGAUGGCGACCCCAAACAUCAACAAGGAGCUGCACUACCUGAACAAGGAAGACAGGCUACUCCGGUGGCUUCUUGUGAAACACAGGGAAACCGAAUUCGGGCUGGACUUCCUCAGCAGUGACGACGUAAAGAGAGAGCUGAGCAUGUUCCCCCGUUCCAGCAUAUUUGAAGAUGAGGAUGUUGACGAGGACGAGGACGAGGACGAGGAUGAGGACGAGGACGAGGAUGAAGAGUACACAGAGGACAAGGAGGAGACGACGAAUCAAGGGUGAUUGUUUAAUGCAGUCAAGGUUUUACUUUAGCGUCAGUGCUUUUUCAGGUUUUAGAUGAAAGAUUCCAUCCAUACAUGCUCACUUAUCGGCCUUGAUGAAACUGAUGUUUGUUCAUGCCCUUCAGGUCGAGUUUGAGUUGUUACAAUCUCCGGUUUUGUCCUUGGAAUAAUGCUCUGAAUGCUGAAGUUUAUGUUUGGAUCUACUGUUCAGGAGAGUGCUCAUUGAAAGUUUUAAGGUAUUUGUAUUUCAGAUAUGAUUUAGAUUCAAGCCCAUAUAUCAAUGCCAUAAUAGAAAAUGUUAUUGAAA